CCGAGUGAACAGAAGAUCAGCUGCCAUAGGUGUGGUGACAAACACUGAGCAUUCACACCACAGACGUCUCUGCAGUCACCAUGGUAGCUCAUAUGGCGUUGGUUUUAGUUGCGACUGUAAUUUUUUAUGGCAAAGGGUCCACAGCUCAGGACUGCGGUACAGCCCCCCUCAGCACCAAGAUCGUGGGGGGCAGUGACGCCAGUGCCGGCUCCUGGCCCUGGCAGGUUAGCAUGCACUUCCGGGGGACUUUCAUCUGCGGAGGAACCCUCAUCCACCGCGAAUGGGUGCUCACCGCGGCCCACUGCAUGCUGACACUCACCGCAAGCGACUACUCGCUCUUCCUGGGCCGACAGAACGAGACACCCUCGGGGGACAACCCAAACGAGGUGAGCCGUAGCGUCAGCCAGAUCAUCAAGCACCCUCAAUACAACAACACUUUGUUCAACAACGACAUCACCCUGAUGAAGCUCAGCUCCCCUGUCAACAUCACCAGCUACAUCAGACCCGUCUGCCUGGCCGCGGCCGGCAGCAUCUUCAGCAACGCCACCGCCUGCUGGGCAAGCGGCUGGGGCAACGUCGGGAAGGACGAAUCGCUGGGAUUCCCAUACACCCUGCAGGAAGUGGAGGUUCCUGUAAUCGGUAACAAGCAGUGCACUUGUAAAUACAAGCCAGCAGAGGGCGUUGUCAUCACCAACAACAUGAUCUGCGCUGGCCAAAAGAACAAGGGAGUUUGCCAAGGGGACUCAGGGGGCCCCGUGCAGUGCCGUCAGGGCUCUGUGUGGGUCCAGGCAGGCAUCGCCAGCUACGGCGUCCCCUGCGCCACGGGCUUCCCGGAGGUGUUCGCCAGGGUGUCUCAGUACCAGACCUGGAUCACAGACAGCCUCCAAGGGGCUGCCGUGGGCUUCAUCUCCUUCUCCUCCCCAGGAAGUGACUCCGACAGCGGCUUUGUGUGCCAAGCAGACCCAGCAAGCUCCGCGGCUUCCUCCCUCUGGCCGGCUCUGCUCUGCCUGGUUCUGCUGCCUCUCUCCCUGCCUCAGUACCUGCCUCUCUGACUGCCUCAGUACCUGCCUCUGACCUCGGAAGGCACUCCUAUGUUUUUCAGCAUCGAUCUGACGUUAUUUGCUUUUCUCGGUUAAUGUAACAGUUACAAUCAUUCUUCUAAUAGUGUCCUUUGGUGUGUUUUACUGAUCAUGAACAUGCAGAUGCAGUGUGUUGUAGGCUCCUGUGUGUGUGGAUACUAGUGUACUACUAUGUCUAGUUGUUUACGUGUCUGAUGCGUUACAGUGACACUGCUUCUGAAUGACUGGGUCACACAUCCCUGGCUCUUCAUUUAUAUAAGUAAGGUCAUUGUACAGAUUUGAUAGAAUUGUAUCUUAUUGUAUAUGUAUAUUUGUUCCUAUUUAUGCCUUUUACUUACAGUACUUAUUUUAUCUUUCUUUAUAUUUCUACUUACUAUGUUUAUUGUUAUUCACCAACCUACCAAAGCAAAUUCCUUGUGUGUGUAAAUUUACUUUGUAAUAAACGGAUUCUGAGACCAUU